UGUACAUGCAUGCACAGGUGGUGCACACACGGAUGCACAGGUGGUGUGCAUGCCUGCGUAUAUCCACUAUUUAGGUUUUAAAUGAGACCAUGAAACACUGGGUGUCUUUCAGUGGUGCUUUACAACCAGAGCUCUAUUCUGGGGAGGUCACCACUGGUCAGUGGGGUUGUGCUGUGGUGGAGAGGUCAGUGGUCAGUGGUCAGCAGGAUUGUGCUGUGGAGGUGAGGUCAGUGGUCAGUGGUCAGCAGGGUUGUGCUGUGGUGGAGAGGUCAGUGGUCAGCAGGGUUGUGUUGUGGUGGAGAGGUCAGUGGUCAGCAGGGUUGUGCUGUGGAGGUGAGGUCAGUGGUCAGCGGGGUUGUGCUGUGGAGGUGAGGUCAGUGGUCAGUGGUCAGCAGGGUUGUACUGUGGUGGUGAGGUCAGUGGUCAGUGGUCAGCAGGGUUGUGCUGUGGAGGUGAGGUCAGUGGUCAGUGGUCAGCGGGGUUGUGCUGUGGAGGUGAGGUCAGUGGUCAGUGGUCAGCAGGGUUGUACUGUGGUGGUGAGGUCAGUGGUCAGUGGUCAGCGGGGUUGUGCUGUGGAGGUGAGGUCAGUGGUCAGUGGUCAGCGGGGUUGUGCUGUGGAGGUGAGGUCGGUGGUUAGUGGUCAGCAGGGUUGUGCUGUGGAGGUGAGGUCGGUGGUCAGUGGUCAGCAGGGUUGUGCUGUGGUGGUGAGGUCAGUGGUCAGCAGGGUUGUGUUGUGGUGGAGAGGUCAGUGGUCAGCAGGGUUGUACUGUGGAGGUGAGGUCAGUGGUCAGUGGUCAGUGGAGUUGUGCUGUGGAGGCCAGGUCAGGGGUCAGUGGUCAGCAGGGUUGUGCUGUGGAGGUGAGGUCGGUGGUCAGUGGUCAGCAGGGUUGUGGUGUGGUGGUGAGGUCAGUGGUCAGUGGAGUUGUGCUCUGGAGGUGAGGUCAGUGGUCAGUGGUCAGUGGGGUUGUGCUGUGGUGGUGAGGUCAGUGGUCAGUGGGGUUGUGCUAUGGAGGUGAGGUCAGUGGUCAGUGGUCAGCAGGGUUGUGGUGUGGUGGUGAGGUCAGUGGUCAGUGGGGUUGUGCUGUGGAGGUGAGGUCAGUGGUCAGUGGGGUUGUACUGUGGAGGUGAGGUCAGUGGUCAGUGGUCAGAGGGGUUGUGCUCUGGAGGUGAGGUCAGUGGUCAGUGGGGUUGUGCUGUGGAGGUGAGGUCAGUGGUCAGUGGGGUUGUACUGUGGUGGUGAGGUCAGUGGUCAGCGGGGUUGUGCUGUGGUGGUGAGGUCAGUGGUCAGCGGGGUUGUGCUGUGGUGGUGAGGUCAGUGGUCAGCGGGGUUGUGCUGUGGUGGUGAGGUCAGUGGUUAGUGGGGUUGUGCUGUGGUGGUGAGGUCAGUGGUCAGUGGUCAGUGGGGUUGUGCUGUGGAGGUGAGGUCAGUGGUCAGUGGGGUUGUGCUGUGGUGGUGAGGUCAGUGGUCAGUGGUCAGUGGGGUUGUGCUGUGGUGGUGAGGUCAGUGGUCAGUGGUCAGCAGGGUUGUGGUGUGGGGUCAGUGGGGUUGUGCUGUGGUGAUGGGGUCAGGGGUCAAUGAGGUCAUGCUGUGGUAGAGAGGACAGUGGUCAAGGAUCUGUGUGGUCAUGCUGUGGGGUCAGUGGUCAGGGGUCAGCAGGGUUGUGCUAUGGGGUCAGGGGUCAGCGGGGUCAUGUGCUCCUGGCCUCGGGCUGGCGUGUGGACGGACCUGGGUUGGCACCUCCGGUGCCCUCUG